GUGCAGGACUGUCCACGGAGCCGUCUUCAUGGUGCGCUUCCACCACUUCAUUCUUUAGGAUGAAGAAUGUAAAGAUAUUACAUUUGCCUCUGAUUUUUCUGUUUGUACAUGCCUGCUUCGCACAAGCGGACUUUGCCCCAUAUUUCUAUGACAAUGGACCCUACAGCCGCAACGGGAACCUGGCCUUCUUCAGCCUGUCCGAGGACACAGCUGUCGGCACUCAGAUCUAUUGCCUCAAUGGCACAGACCCUGAAGGUCAGGAGGUGAGGUACGGUCUUUCCUUCGAUCCCGGCUCCAAAGAGUUCUUCAGGAUUGACCCCAAAUCUGGAAACAUCACAUUAAUAGAAAAGCUGGACAGAGAGAAACAAGAUUCUAUUGAUGUUCUGGUCAGCAUCACAGACGGUAAAAGCAAGGUUGUAGAAAGAGUCACCAUAUUUGUAAUGGAUGCAAAUGAUGAAAAGCCUGAAUUCAGAAACAUGCCUGCAUUCAUCGAUGUGGUUGAAACAACGGAGUCUGGAAGCAGCAUUUACAAAGUGGAGGCCGUCGACAAAGACACAGGCUCCGGGGGCUCAGUCACUUAUUACCUCCAGAGUCAACACUUCAGUUUGUUCACGGUUGACAGACACAGCGGUGUCGUACGCAUCAAAUCUGGAGAGAUGCUGGACUAUGAAAAAACCAAGACACACUUUAUCACCGUCAUCGCAAAGGACGGUGGCGGUAACUUCAAUGGCAAGGAGCAGUUUCUGUCCUCCUCAGCUACUCUGACUGUCAACGUGAUCGACGCACAGGACACUCCGCCGUCUUUCAUCGGGACGCCGUACUUCGGCUACGUUUAUGAAAUAUCUGUUCCGGGAUCUGAAAUAAUCACUGUUAUUGCCAAAGAUGGUGAUGUGGGGAACCCAAAUCCAGUCCGAUACUCAUUUGUUGAUGGUGAUGAUGGUGUGUUUAGCAUCAAUAAAACAAGCGGUUGUAUCUCUCUGCUGACUCAACCCAUUUUUCUGAAGAGAGAAAUAUUCAACAUUCAAGUCAAGGCCUCAGAGGUCAGUCCGGCAGGCCGCCUUAUGGACUACGGAGUGACCAUCGUCGUGAUUCGUGUGGUUGAUCUGAAUAAUAAUCCACCGACUUUCUAUGGAGUGAACGGCCCUCAAAAUGUGUUUGAGCUGACCAUGUAUGAGCAUCCGCCGGAGGGGGAGAUACUCCGGGGACUGCAGAUCAUAGUCAACGACUCCGAUCAAGGUGCGAACGCUAAGUUUAACCUGAGACUGAUCGGACCAGGACGAAUGCUGCGGGUCGUCCCCCAGACUGUCCUCAACGAGGCCCAAGUCACAAUCCUGGUUGAGGACUCUGCUGCCAUGGAUUAUGAGAAGCAUCAGUUUCUGACGUACAAGCUGCUUGCAGUUGAAAUUGAUACUCCGGAGAGAUUCAGCGCCACUGCAGACAUUGUCAUUCAUCUCUUGGACACCAAUGACAACGCUCCCAAGUUCUCCUCUGAUUACUACAUCGCCAGAAUUCCAGAGAACUCCCCCGGCGGCUCCAACGUGGUGUCAGUCACGGCAACUGACCCCGACUCGGGAUCCUGGGGCGAUGUCAAAUACUCUGUCUACGGAUCAGGGGCUGACCUGUUUCUGAUCCAGCCUGAAUCAGGCAUCAUCUACACUCAGCCGUGGGCCAGCCUGGAUGCAGAGGUGCGCUCCAAGUACAACUUCUACGUUAAGGCGGAGGACACAGAGGGCAAGUACAGCCUUGCUGAAGUCUUUGUGACGGUGUUGGACCUGAACGAUCAUCCACCUUCUUUCAAUGACAACUUCCUGGAGACCACCAUGGUGAUCGGCGCGCCAGUGAAAAUAGAGGCUGUAGAUGACGAUGCCGAAGUGCCCAACAACGUCAUCCAGUACGCCAUCAUGAAAGCCGAGCCCGACAACAACAUCUUCGAGAUCAACGCUGACACCGGCGAGAUUAUGCUCAAGUCCUACAUCAAGUCCAUGGCCAUUAUUCAGAACAUCACCAAGCACCGGGACUGCACCUGGUCCUUGGUGGUGCAGGCCCGGGACCGAGGCCAGCCGUCCUUCAGCACCACCGCCGUCAUCAAGAUCGACAUCACCGAAGCUACCCAACUCAAAGGGGGGCCUUUGGGACCAUUUUUAUUGCAGGGUAGAAACAAGCCUUUGCAAAUCCUAGGCAUGCUUGCUGGUAUCAUUGCUCUCAUGGUCACACUCACAGUCGUCAUCUCCACUGCGAUAUUCUUACGCAACAAAAAGUCCAAUCGGAUCCUACCGAACCGCCGUGUCCGGAGACGGCCUCGGAGGGAGAACACCUGGACUCUUAAGAAUCCCUUCAAGAAGCCAGAAACCUCUGGAGCCAAAUUCAGAGUUGAGGAAGAAGAGGAGCGGGAGCCGGGGGUAGUGGUGGAAAAUGUCAACUAUAACAACAAUGUCAGUAACAUUAGGAGACAAUGGCCCCCACCUCCGCCGCCAAGUGCGCCUUCUCUGCCGCCCCCACCGCCUCUGUGUACCCCAAGAGAGCGGCAGUGGGCCGUACCGACCGUCUCUGCAACAGUGGGGCCCAGACCCAAGAAGAAGCCUGUGAUCACAAGGCAGGACACGGUGAAUAAAGCUCUGGUUUCAGAGCUCAAGAUGAGGCUGGAGCAGAAGAGGAUGCAGAACAACUGAUUUUGCUCGAUGAUUGGCAAGAAAAAAAA